UUUCCCGAUACCUUCAAAUUCUCGGUAUCCCAUACCACUAGGACGCCACGGCCUGGCGAAGAGGACGGCACUCACUAUCACUUCACCGACAAGGAAAAGAUGCAGAGACAGGUGGAAAAUGGCGAGUUUAUUGAAACUGCUACAUUUAGCGGCAACCUCUAUGGGACGAGCAAACGGGCGGUCCAAGAGGUGCAAUGUUUGGGAAAGGUGUGUGUGCUGGAUAUCGAGAUACAAGGUGUCAAACAAAUUAAACGCACCGACCUCAAUCCCCUUUACGUAUUCGUAAAGCCACCGUCCAUUGUGGAACUGGAGCGACGAUUAAAGGCCAGAAAUACAGAGACCGAGGAAUCCUUGGAGCGUAGACUGUCGAUUGCCAGAUCCGAACUAGAAUACGGUGAAACACCUGGUAACUUUGACGUUGUCAUAGAAAAUGAUGAUCUCGAAAAAGCGUAUGAGACUUUGCGCAACUUUAUAUCGGCCAAUUAUAAUCCGGGUUGCAGUACAGGUGAGACAGCAAGCUAGUCCACACUUGACGGAUCUUUGGACUAGCCGUACGUCGGGACACGAAUGACGAUUCCGACGAAACCUACGUUGCAAUGACAAUGUCAACGUAAUUGAAAUGGUCUACGCAUAUACACAGACUUUGCAAGUUGCAAAACCAAAAUAUCUUUACACACAUUCUCGCUAUGUGUGUGUGUGUGUGUGUGUGUAAUCUAUAGAUCUAUUUGCCAGAUUUUUCGUUGGCCGAGUUUGUCAUUCUCGCGGUGACAAUAGUUGCAUAUUCCA